AUGACACCCUCCCAGCCUCCCCUGGCUCGCAGAGCAGCCCCUCCCUUAGCCCCCCAGAGCAACCCCUCCAUUAGCCCCCCAGAAGCAGCCCCUCCCCCAGCCCCCUCAGCAGCCCCUCCCAGCCCCCAGAGCAGCCCCAUAUCCCCUCCUCUACCCUUCGUACAACCCUGUCCCCCUCCCACCUACCUUCUCCCCGGGCUCUGA